GUUGUCAUCUGUCACAACAUAAACAAUACAAUAGUCUAAAUCUAAAAUCUUCAUUCACUAAUGAAUAAACAAAAUCUUCAAUUUAAAAUUGAUUAUUAAUUGCAACUUUAUUGUUUCAGUUGAGUCUCAUUAGAAUAAUAGUGUUCUGUGAGUUAGCUCCUACAUUGUGUGUUGAUUUGAGCAUUACAGUCAAAGAAUACAAGUUAUUUACUAGUUUCACAGUGUACUCGAUUUUAAAUUUAAAUUUCAUAACAAUGGUGUGUGUGCCUUGCUUCAUAAUUCCUGUUUUGCUGUUUUUAUGGCAUAAGUUUAUACAGCCUUAUGUUUUGCGUUUUUGGAAUCCAUGGGCUGUAAAAGAUGCUGAAGGAAAUGUGACAACUGAAUUCCCAUUUAAAUGUGAGGGUGGAGUUUGUGCUUAUAAGAAAAAAGAUACUAAAACGUCAGAGGCCCCAUCCGAUGUUAGGUUAAAGUCUGAUUAAUGCAUAUUUUGCUUUAUAUCUAGCUAAUUAUUUACAUUAUUUAUUGUUUAUGUGAACCAUGUAUAAAAAUGACCUUGAGUAUUAAAUUCUAUUACUGUUCCA